AUGAAAGAGUUUGGAUUCCUAUACGACUCAUCAAUGGUCGCCCCGCGAUCUGAUCCACCCCUUUGGCCGUUCACUCUUGAUUACAGAAUCCCUCAUAGAUGUCACGGAUCUCGUCAGAGAUGUCCGUCGCGAUCGUUUCCCGGGACGUGGGAAAUGAUUAUGAAUCCAUUCGACAUCGAAGGUCACAUCUGCGCUAUGGUUGACAGUUGUCCCACACAUCUAUCUGAAGAUGAGAUCUAUGCUAUGUUUAUGGAUAAUUUCAAUCGUCAUUAUAACACUAAUAGAGCGCCUUUUGGUCUUUAUUUCCAUACGAUUUGGUUUAAAGAAAAAGAAAACUUCAAAAUUCUUCUCAGAUUUAUCGAUGAUUUAAUGCAAAACAAAGACGUAUUCUUCGUAUCCAAUUAUCAAGCGAUUGAAUGGAUGAGAACUCCGACCCCAAUAUCACAACUCAAAGACUUCGAGCCCUGGAAGUGCAAGAAAGACAUUGAGCCAAACCUAAUAGCCUGUAAUCAUCCCAAAUCAUGCAAACUCGCCAGUCGUCAGGUCAAAGGCGAACGAUAUCUACACACAUGCUUUGAUUGUCCGGAUGUUUAUCCCUGGGUUAAGAAUGAAUUCGGUUUAGAGUUUAAAUAA